AUGCUCACAUGUGAAGGAACAUGUUCGAAGUUGAACCCGUGUUGCUACACCAUGAGCGGAAUCGAUGAUUAUUUCUGUCUGUCUGUUUAUUUUUACAAGUCUGUUCAGUUUUUCGGAUUAUUUUCAUAUCUAUCUAUCUAUCUAUCUAUCUAUCUAUCUAUCUAUCUAUCUAUCUCUAAAUGGGUGUUUCUGUCUGUCAAUUUAUCUUUCGUUCUUUUGUUGUUCGUUUCACUCCCUCCCCGAGGCUUUUUUAUAUCUAUCUAUCUAUCUAUCUAUCUAUCUAUCUAUCUAUCUGAUCAUCUAAUGUUUUUUUUCUUUCUAUCAGUCUAUCUAUCAAUCUAUAGCUCUUCUCUUCUUUCUUUCUUUCUUUCUUUCUUUCUUUCUUUCUUUCUCUCUCUCUCUCUUUCUCUCAAUCCUGUCUUCUUUUCUUCCUUUCUUUAUUUUCUCUUUCCUCCUCUCUAUUUUUCUUCGUCCCGCCUCUGUUUCUUCGUUUCUUACCAUUAUUCUUUCUACUUUCUUAUUUUCCUGUCUCACUCUUUCUUUUCUUCCUACCCUCUUAUUUCUUUCACAGCCUUUUCCUCCCUACAUUUUCUUCCGGUUUUUUUUUUGUCCAUCUUCAAUUUCGUCAACUCUUUUUUUUUCUCGCUUAUGCAUUUUCUUUCUUUCUUUCUUUCUUUCUUUCUUUCUUUCUUUCUUUUUCUUUCUUUCUUUCUUUCUUUCUUUAAUAAAUACUUUAAUUUAAUUUUUUUCUAUUUCUUUCUUUCUUUGCUGUUUUCUUUCUUCGUCUAUGAUUUCAUGUUUUUCUUUCGACCUUUCCGUUGUUCCCCUGAUUCUACCUUUCUUCACUUGGUGAAGUGGGGGUUUAUUUUCCAUUCCUUUAUUUCUUUUCUUUCUUUCUUUCAGCUCUUCCUCUCCCUUUAUGUUUCAACAUUCGUACCUGUCUUUCUUUCUUUUCUAUUUUUUCUCUGCAUUCCUCCGUUUUUCAUUCUUCUUUUUUUUAUUAUUCACACCUACGCGAUUUCCAUUGUUACAUCUGUCUUUUUCUUUCUCUUUUGUUUCCUUUUCUCUACCUGUUCUCUUUCUUCAUUCUUUCCUUCUUUCCUACAUUCUUCCAUUCUUUCAUUCUUUCCUUCAUUCUUUACUUUAUUCUUUCCUUGUUUGUUUCAAUCUUUCAUUCUUUCCUUGAUUCUUUCCUUGAUUCUUUCCUUCUUUCAUUCUUUACUUCUUUCCUUCCUUAUUUCCCUUAUUCUUUCAUUCUUUCAUCCAUUCUUUCAUUCUUUCUUCUUUCAUUCUUUCUUUCAUUCUUUCCUUCUUUCCCUCUUUCUUUCAUUCUUUCUUCUUUUAUUCUUUCCUUCAUUCUUUCAUUCUUUACUUUAUUCUUUCCUUGUUUGUUUCAAUGUUUCAUUCUUUCCUUCAUUCUUUCCUUCAUUCUUUCCUUCAUUCUUUCAUUCUUUACUUCUUUCCUUCCUUAUUUCCCUUAUUCUUUCAUUCUUUCAUCCAUUCUUUCAUUCUUUCUUCUUUCAUUCUUUCCUUCUUUCCCUCUUUCUUUCAUUCUUUCUUCUUUCAUUCUUUCUUUCAUUCUUUCUUCUUUCAUUCUUUCUUUCAUUCUUUCCUUCAUUCUUUCCUUCUUUCCCUCUUUCUUUCAUUCUUUCUUCUUUCCUUCAUUCUUUCAUUCUUUCCUUCAUUCUUUCCUUCUUUCCUUCAUUCUUUUCUUAUUCUUUUUGUUAUUUGUUUGCACCAUUUUUUUUUCAUAUUAUUUCGUUUCUUUUUUUUUUUGUCCUGUCCGUACAUUCCUUACCUCUUUCUUAUUUUUUCCUUCCUUCCCUCUUUCCUUUCUUCCUUCCUUUCUUCCUUCCCAUUUUCUUCCUCCCUCUCCCUUCCUGCCUUCCUUCCUCAUUCCUUUCUUCCGUCCUUCCUUCCUUCCUUCCUUCCAUCCUCCCUUCCUCCCUAGCUUCCUCUAUUCCUUAUUUCCUCCCUUCCUUUCUCCCCUCUUUAUUUCUUUUGUUUUUUUCUUUCUUUUUUUUAUAUCUCCCUUUGUUCAAAAUUUCUAUCUUUCCGUCUUUCUUGUUUUUUUUCUUUCUUUUCUCUUCUAUUAUUUAA